AUGACACGUUCCAGAAGUCUAGCGACGUAUGUUGUUCUGGCAGCAUCCAUCUGCACGCGCGGCGGCAAGGCCGUCCUCUCGCGCCAGUUCCGUGAGAUGCAGCGUUCAAGAAUUGAAGCUCUUCUUGCCUCGUUCCCCAAGCUCGCCGACAGCGGUACCCAGCACACAACAGUCGAACAGGACAAUGCCCGCUUCGUUUACCAGCCCCUUGACGAGCUAUACAUGGUCCUCAUCACCAACCGCCAAUCCAACAUCCUUCAGGACAUUGACUCGCUACACCUUUUCGCUCAGGUUGUCACCAGCAUCUGCAGAAGUCUGGACGAGCGUGAGAUCCUGCGCAAUGCUUUCGAACUUCUGAGCGCCUUCGAUGAGCUGGUCACUCUGGGCUACCGCGAGAACCUCACCCUGAGUCAGAUCAAGACUUUCCUCGAUAUGGAGUCGCACGAGGAGCGCAUCCAGGACAUAAUCUCAAGAAACAAGGAACUCGAAGCCACCGAGGAGCGCAAGAGAAAGGCCAAGCAACUCGAAAUGCAGCGCAAGGAAGCUACUCGUUCUGGUCGCUCCAACAUGCCCAGCGCUCCUUCAUAUCCUACUUACACUCCUCCGCCUACCCAACCCGCCGUCACCGACACCUACGACUCCUACAAUGCCGAGAAGAACAAGUCCUUCCAAAAAUCUCUCCCUGCACGAAGCAAGGGUAUGCAGCUCGGAAAGAAGACAAAGACGACAUCCAUGUUCGAACAAGUCCGCGGCGAUCUUGGUCCCGAGGCAGAGGCUCCCCUUGUUCCAGCCGCUCCAGCUGCCAGUGCUCCUGUACAGGCCGCCGCGCCCGCCGCCUCUUCAGACCGCGAAGGUCUUCACAUCACAGUCGCUGAGACCAUUUCAGCUAAGCUCAGCCGAGAAGGUUCCCUCGAAUCAUUCGAGGUCAAGGGUGAUCUCCAGCUUCGCAUUACCGAUCCUUCCCUCACACAGGUCCAACUUGCCCUUGCAUUGGGCGACACUCAUGGCGCACAGCUCAAUUCUCAUCCCAAGGUUGACAAGGCUGCUUUCAAGAACGACAAGAUUAUCCAACUCACAGACACCUCGAAAGGCUUCCCUGCAAACAACUCAAUUGGUGUCAUGCGUUGGAGACUGGCUGCAAAGGCUGAAGAUAUCAGUGACCCUCCAAUUACCUUUACUGCUUGGGUGAACGAGACUGGCUCUGGCACAUACAACAUCACUCUUGAAUACGAACUUACCGGUGGAGAUGCCCUCAACGACGUUACCGUUUCGAUACCUUAUCAGACCAGCGAGCCUUCUGUUUCCAGCUUCGAUGCUGUAUACGAGGUUUCUGGCGACAGCAUUGACUGGACGAUCGGUGACGUGGAUGACACCAAUGCUAACGGCAGCUUCGAGUUUGAGGCUCAAGCAGAGAGUGAGGCCGAAUUCUUCCCUAUGAGUGUCCGAUUCUCAAAGACAAGACCAUACGUUGAAGUCGAUGUCUCGUCGGUGACUUUGUUGAACAUGGGCCAGGACAUUUCUUUCUCAAAGGACAUCAAAUCGACGGCGGAUGGAUACAUGGUUGUGUAG